AUGUUGUUGACCGGAAUCACCCCAGCUCUCGCCUUGGUUCUGCAUCUGUCCAACGCCUUUCAAUUGCUCCCACCACCACUCAAUAGCAGCUCGUCAAGUCCCGGACUCAUCUUGGAUUUGAUUUUGGAUUCAAAGACAAUUUACAUCUACAAUGACUUUGCACCCACCAGAGAUAAAGAUUCACUAGACUCCAUAUGGCCGAGAGCAGACCAAUUUGCGGAAGUUUUCCGUCAGGAUAUCAGUUCUGUCACUCGUUCAGAAUGGACACUGACACCAAUCGAUAAGCUAUGCAAGAAUGAUAGAGGCAUUGUGCUGGGGGCUUUUCGUGGAGAUAAGACUGAUAUUGCCUAUGAAAAUGAUGAGCCAACUGAAGAAGGGUAUGAGAUUGAGUACCAACCUGGCAAUGGGACUAUUUACAUCGGUGGUACAGGAGCACGUGGACUGUUUUGGGGAACAAGAACAUUACUUCAACAGCUCCUCUUUGCGGUGGAUGAACCAUUGUCAGCAGGUAAAAUCGUCGACGCACCUGCAUAUGCUACCAGGGGAUUCAUGCUAGAUGCAGGCCGCAAAUGGUAUGCUCUCGACUUUCUGAAAGAUUUAUGCACAUAUGCCUCCUUUUUCAAGAUGUCGGAGUUUCAUUAUCAUUCCAACGAUAAUUACCCUCUCAAUCGAGGUCACAAUGAGACAUGGAAUAAAGUUUACUCGCAAUAUUCUAUACGACCAGAAGAUCCAAGUCUCGAAGGGAUGGUCCAACGAGUCUUUCAAACUCUAUCGCCAGCAGACUUUGAAGACUUUCAGCAACACUGCGCAAGUCGAGGGGUGACAGUGAUUGUCGAGAUCGAAGCUCCCGGACAUGCUCUAUCAAUCACCAAAUGGAAACCAGAAAUGGCAUUGGCAAAGAAAGACCUUCUCAAUCUCUCAUAUCCAGAGACCAUUCCCUUCGUCAAGAGCAUUUGGGCGGAUGUCUUGCCUCGAAUUCACGCCAGUGAGGUCCAUAUUGGGGCCGAUGAAUAUGAUCCGACGUUGGCCGAUGAUUACAUCAACUUCGUCAAUGAGAUGGCCAAUUGGGUUAGAACCAAUUAUGGAAAGAAGAUCCGCAUCUGGGGAACGCAUGAGCCUUCAGAGAAUGUGACAAUUUCGAAAGAUAUCAUCUUUCAGCAUUGGCAGUAUGGUCAGUCAGACCCGGUACAGCUUGAGACGGAUGGGUACGACUAUAUCAAUUCAGAUGACAAAUGGGCAUAUAUGUCGUUGAAGAAUGACCACACGCCAAUCAAUCCAGCACCCUACGCUCAAUUCUUUAACGAAACUCGAGUCACGCACUUUGCGGGGAAAGAAGCCGUCCAAUGGAACCCGCAGUUUGUCAAUUCAGUGAAUUUUACCAUGCAAGUACCUGCAAACUCUCGUCAUAACAAAGGCGCAAUCCUCGCUGCGUGGAAUGAUAACGGGCCUAAUGCUAGCACUCAGCUAGAGGCAUAUUACGCGAUUCGUCGUGGAAUCGCACUUGUUGGUGCGCGAGCGUGGGGUGGAAGUCGCGGUCCUCUCUUAGACCUUGAUGACCUUGACAAUACCAUUGAUUUCUUGUCUCCCAGAUGCCCAGGCGCAAAUCUCGACAGAGUUCUGACACAUACAGACCCCGAGAGCGAUGCAGCGUUAAUAUCAUGGACUAACAUAGAUUCAACAAACACCUCAGUCGAUCUUGGUCACGGAAGCAAGGGAAUGAACUACACACUUGUGCUCACGGCAACAGGGCCAUUUAACCUGACAUCCCUGGACGCUUCCCUCUCUUUGACGGCUUCUUCUCAGAGUGGGAGCCACCUCGUCUUCAUUGCGGAUGGAAUUAUCUAUCCACUUCAAAAAACCACAUAUAAAGACAGCAGUAUCUUCCCCAAUGAAGUUGGUGUGAGUCCAGGACGCAUAUGGGCGAAUCCUCCUAACAAUCAAACCGAGUCGACUCACCAGAUCGUCGAGCUGAGUCCAUCCCUCGAAAACCCCGUCAAUAUUACUAUCACGACAGAUGUUGUGCGUGGUGCUCGAUGCUGGGUCAACGAUGAAUUCGUCGGCCGAUUUGAAGUUUUGGUCUUUGGCGGGAGAAACACCUGGCAGAGUUGGAGUCAAAUGGCCUUCGUCGCGCCCUUGGAUCAGAUUGAGGGUGAGUUGACGAGUUUGGAAAUCUUCGAUGCCAUAAUCGAACCUGGCAAAUUGGGAUUGAAAGUCUAG